AUGAUCCGAGUGCGCUUCCAAGAUUGUCACGCGAGACUUCGCAAGUACCGUCAGAAGAUUGACCAAGAAAAGACCAGAUGCUCUGAGCUCAUGGGUGAUAUCGGUACAAAUCUGCUCCUGCAGAGGGUGGCUGAACGAGCUCACGAACAGACAGUGGUGCGCGACGCAGCACUGGAGAACAAAUUCCGAAAGCUGUCCAAUCCAACGUCGCCCAGGAACGACAAACUGGUUCAAAAUUUGUGUUCAAAGGAGCUGACAAAGUAUCAUAUGCAGGUUUUACUGCACGAAGCUUCAUUCAACACGGCUGAUGCCAAACCUAUUAACACAACUGCAGCAGUGGAAUCAAUUAUUAGUCAGACGGAAGCAACGGAAGAGACUAAGAGCAGUGGCACCGACCGACAGACGCAUGGCGAGACCCCAAGAUACGGCUUUGGCCCGAUUCUAUAG